AUGCCGAGCAUUACUUUAAGCAAUCCCGAGGACAAGGCCACAGUCAAACGGUUUCUCUCCUCGCCCAACACCAGGAUCAUCACCGCAACGGUGGCCAGGCUCUAUGUGGCCUAUCCAGACCCCCUUCGAUGGACAUACACAGGCAUCAUGGGUGCUGUCGCGCUCAUCCAAACAAACAACACCUUCUUUCUCCGUAUCGUCGACCUCUUGUAUGGCAGAGGCGUCGUUUGGGAACAGGAAUUGUACGAUGGGUUCAUCUACUCCCAAGACAAGCCGUUCUUCCAUUCGUUUCAUGCAGAGAAAUACAUUGCAGGAUUCUCGUUUGCGGAUGAAUUGGAGGCAGACGUCUUUUACGGCAAGGUCCAUAGACGAGCGCUCUUGCGACCAUUCAAACCUGUGCCGUCUACAGGGGCAUUGGUCAGAUCAGGAAAGGCUGGAGGAGCACAGGGUCGUGGACGGAUUCCGCUUCACAAUGGCAAGCUCGACAAAUCAAGGAUCGGUCUGCCUUCAGACUUUCGACAUGUCGGGCAUAUAGGGUGGGAUCCAGACGUUGGGUUUGAUGCACAAAAUAUCGACCCAGCAUGGCGGGAAUUGUUUGAACAGCUCGACACGUGCGGUGUGAGUCGCCAACAGAUCAACGAGAACGCAACCUUCAUCACCGAGUUUAUCAGCGCCCAUGGCGGACUACCCAAGAAUGCCUCCAAACAAAAGAAACCUGACCUCUCCAGGAUUGACUCGCCCCCUCCAUUGCGGCCACAGUCUCCACAACAACAACAAAAACGACCUCCCCCACCACCUCCACCACCUGGCCAUAAUAACGUUGCGUCAUUACCGUCACCCACGGCGUCAAUGGCCUCUCCGGUGCCCUUCCAUGGAUAUCUACCUAGACCAUUGGCGCAAGUGAUGGCGAGUCUCUCGUUUGGGUCAUCAUCCUAUUAUGGCACAUCCAAUGCCAACUCACAAUCACCGCCUUCUCCGCGUGCUUCGGAAGCGCUCAUCAACUCAACUCUAUCACCAGCCAAUAAUGCGCCUGCCGAAAUCAGCGCAGCAGCAGUACCUCCUGCACCCAGUACCGCACCGCCCCCUCCUCCCCCUCCUCCUCCGCCACCACCACCACCACCACCACCACCAAUGAUAAAUGCCACCGCAAAAGACACAAGAUCACCUUUGGCGAUAUCUGGAUCGAUCCAGACGGCUAGCCACGCAAAGAAUAAGGCCUAUAACAACAUCAACAACAUCAACAACAUUAACAAAGACAAUAAUAACACUGGCAACGUAGUGAAGAGCCCUGUGGAGAGCUCCCUGCUGGCGAGUAUCCGCGAAUCCGGUGGAUUACAGGGACUGCGCAAGACGGGGGCACUUCGAUCGCCUCGUCCGAUCCCCGCACGGCCGCUCUCACCGCUGGGAGGACCAUCGAGUAGUAGUCAGGGGGAUCUUGUGUCGGCACUGGUGGCGGCGCUGCAGCGACGACAGACUCGACUGACAUAUAGCGAUGAUGAAGGACAGGCACCGAGCGAGGACGAUGAUAGCUGGGAUGCGGAUGAGUGA